AAAAGAAAAAACAAAAUUUUGCAGUUGAACGUAAAAGAUUUCUUUAAGGUUUUCCAAACAGACGUGCGUUGCUGCAUUCAUGUCAAUAUGAAUAUACAAUCGGCAAAGUCUAUGGCUCUGUCGUCGGUGGUUCUCCCCGAUGAUCUCAUCGCAGAAGUUCUUUCCUUCCUUCCCGUUAUAUUUCUUCUUCGAUUUAGGUCUGUCAGCAAGUCUUGGAAAACUCUUAUUUCCAAUCCUGCCUUCGUGAAAUUGCAUCUCAAGAGAUCAGCAACACAAAAUCCACACUUCAUAGUAAUCACGUCAUACGUCAAACAUCUUCUGGGAGGAGGCAUUGAAGUGGAUUACAGUGUUGUUCCAUACCCCAUGUCCCAUCUUAUUAAGAACCCGACUGAAACUUUCCCCCUUCUCGUUGAUCCUUACUAUUUUGUGAGCGACAAAGAAUGUUGUGCUAUAGUUGGUACCUGCAAUGGAUUGAUCUGUUUGUCUGGUGAAAAUUACAAUCCCACCGACGAUUAUAUAGAGUACUGGCUCCGUUUAUGGAACCCAGCCACCAGGACAACAUCUCCAAAAUUUGGCCAAUUUGGCGAAUUUGGAAAAACUAUGGGGCCUCAUGGAAUGUUCAAUUUUAAGUUUGGUUGUGACGAUUCAAGCGGCACUUACAAGGUUGUGGCUUACCGUUACAAUCAUAUUCAACUGAGAAGUGUCGUGAAAAUUAUCAGUUUUGGUGAUAAUGUUUGGAGAGAUGUUGAAAGUUUCCCGGUUGAUCCUCUUGAUGUGGACUGCAUUUGGGGGGACUAUUGUCCGGAUGAAGGUGUGUAUUUGAGUGGCACUCUUAACUGGUUGGCUAUUCACAAUAGCCUCGAUUAUAAUUUUGAGGAUAUUACAGUUGGUCAAUUUGUUAUUGUUUCACUUGAUUGGAGGAUGGAGACAUACAAUCAAUACAAGUUGCCUCGUGGGUUUGAUGAAGUGCCGUCAAAACGGCCAACAGUUGGUGUGUUGGGGGGCUGCCUUUGUUUUUCUUAUUUAUACGUAAAAACAGAUUUUGAUUUUGUUGUAUGGCAGAUGAAGAAAUUUGGGGUUGAAGAGUCUUGGACUCAACUUUUUAAAAUUAGUUACCAAAUUCCUGGUGAAUGGUUUAAUGCGGAAGAUGCAAUAAAGUAUUGUCAAAUGGUACCGUUACUUCUUACGGAGAAUGGUCAUGUGUUGCUCAAGCUUAGAAUCAUGCAACAAGGAUAUGCAUCUCUAUAUAAUUGGAGUGAAAAUAGAGAAGAUAAAAUACAAUUUACUGCAAGUAGACCUAUUACCAACAACAAUAUAACUAGAGAAGAUGCACGCUUGUGUUGGGCUAUGGAUUACGUUGAAAGCUUAGUUUCAAUAUUUUGAAAGAAAGGAAAGUAGGACUGCACAGAGCUGAUGCACCAGCAUGGAAUGCCGCUGUCGCUCAUAUCCGAAGGAAGCUGAACUCUGAUAUGCUCAACCUUGUGGAUUUCAAUUUUCAUUUCUACAGAAAUCAGAUUCAUGAACUCUUUUUGUCGAAGUACACUUUUUUUUUUCUGCAUUUUGUUUUCCCUUUUUUUGGUUCUGGGUACCAUAGAUUUCUAUGACAAUUUCAUAGUCGUGUCGGUGUUUAUGCAUUUAAGGGUUUGUGAUUGACUAUA